CACAAACAAGUCAGUCAUGGCGUCUUCGGACGAAGAAAAACUCUCCCAACAAAAGGAAAUUUUAAAUUUACAGUCACAAGAAGUGGAUGAAGAGUAUAGUAAGCUGUCAGCAAUACUACCAUGGGAUAAGUUCUCAAACUGGAUUAAUUGCAUGUGUGUGAUCACGUUCGAUUUGGAGCUAGGGCAGGCUAUGGAACUUAUUUAUCCUGGACACAUAAAAUUGACUGAGCGAGAAAAGUCGAACAUUUGUUAUUUAUCGUUCCCAGACUCAAAUUCGGGAUGCAUGGGUGACACACAAUUCUCUUUUCGAAUACGGCAGUGUCCGGGAAGAGUAAAGCCAAUGUGCGCGUCACACAUAAACUACAAUCACAACUGUCCCGUGGCGCUGCAAAUAGACCCCGGACAUUACUUUGGAUACGUGUACUUUCGACAAGUGAGAGAUCAUACGUUACGCAGAGGAUAUUUUCAGAAGAGCGUCGUCAUCAUAAGCAGACUGCCAUUUCACAAUCUAUUCAUGCACAUGGUCGGCGUCAUAGCUCCCGAGUACUUUGACAACGGCGAGCCGAGCAUCGAGGUUGCGUGCCACGACAUCGACCAAUGGCCGACACCUGAAGCCGGCGCUACACUCAACCUGCCCCUCAUGGGCACUGUGCUGCAAGUUCGUGUUCCCUCCCACUCUGACAAACCGGGACUUUCCCAGAAUCUCGUCGUGACGACGGAGUCUGCGUUUUCCUCGCCGACGAUAAUGCCAAGUGUGAACGACUCUGACGUCUUUAAGUGUCUGUUCCCGAUCCUGCCUCACAUCCAGCUCAUCUGGGAGCUCGUGCUCACGGGAGAACCAGUUGUCGUCAUGGCAAACUCUCCGACCGUCUGCUCGGAGACGGUGCUCGCGCUCGUCAGCAUGAUCCUGCCACUGCGCUUCUGCUCCGACUACCGGCAGUUCUUUACUAUCCACGACAGCGAGUUUAAGGAGUACACGAGCCGCGCGCAGGCGCCGCCGCCUGUCAUACUCGGCGUCACGAACCCGUUCUUUGCGAAGACGCUGCAGCACUGGCCACACAUCGUUCGCAUCGGCGAUCAUGUCCCCGCGACGUCCAACGUCAAGCCGCACAAGCUGAAGAAGGGCGGCAGCCUGAAGACGCUCGACUCCAAGCCGGGAGUGUACACGCGCUACAAGCCGUUCCUCAACAAGGACAAGGCCGUGCUGAAGCGGCUCGUGCAGGGCAUCCAGACGAACCGGCCGUCAGAGGUGCAGAGCGCGAUGCUGCGGCGGCACUUCCUCGAGGUUACGCAGAGCUUCAUGAUCCCGCUCGAGCGCUACGUCGCGAGCCUCAUGCCGCUGCUGCGAAACAUAUCGCCCUACAAGGGCACUCCGAGGACACGGCCGUUCGACCCGGACGAGUUCCUGAAGUCGCUCGACUUCUCCGGGCCACAGCUGACGACGGGCAUCAAGGGCGACUGGAUCGGACUAUACCGGCGCUUCUUCCGCUGCGCGAAUUUCGAGGGCUGGUACAACACGCGCAUUCGCGAGGUGAACCGGAAGCUACAGCUGCUCCACCUGGAGGCGAUGUCGGACGCGGACCUGCAGUCGUGGGUGAGCGGCCGUGAGGAGGUGGAGGUGGUCGACCUCAUACUGAAGAUCAAGGAGAAGCUGACGACUGCGUCCAGCAAUCAUCUACCAGUCAGCAAGGACGUAGGAGAGAAGCUGUAUAAGCAGAUGGAUGCCGUGAUAUACACGUUGCCGGAAGACCUACGCGCGGUUCUAGGUAGUAACUAGGUGUCCUGAUGUGUGUACUGAUAGCAGAUAGCGGCUUCGGAGCGUGACGCUCGCAUGGGAUGAAUGCUGACAUAUACGCGCUACCAAAAGAUCUAUGCGCGUUCCUAGGUAAUAACUAGAUGAUGUGUGUGCAGGCCACAGAUAGCAGGGUUGGUGGGUGGGUGUGCGUGAGAGUUGGGCUUGCGUGGGGUGGAAACUUUUACGUACCUGCUACCAUAAGACACCUUAUGCACUGCGCCAGGUAGUAAAUAGGGGCACGCGACUGCAGAAAGCGACGUCAAUCGCUACGAGAGUAAGUUACGUGAGUAUGAAGCAGACUGACUGGUCUCCCUGCCAAGUGAUUACACAACCCAGUAGCAGGUGAUUAGCUAUUUAAAUGUUAAGCAUUGGAGAGCAAGGUCAUGUAUUCAUACAAACAUCAUCAGUGUUUACAUGCAUGUGUAGGUAUGUACAUGUGUGUGUAUGUAUGUUAACAGAUGGUGGUUUUACUGUAUAUAUUCACUGAUAUUAAAUAUUUUAUAUGUCCCUGAACGUGUGUGCCAGUUGCACGUGUUGUCACCGAGAAAAAAAGUGCCUGUACACUUAUCUACUGAAUAUAGUAUGCUUACUGCAUUUUUAUUCUUGCCAGGUGUCCGUUGUGUGAAGCUGUCACUGUGCAGGCCGUUUUGCUAGGGCCAUUAAUGCCUUAACCUUGUGUCACUGCCUCACAGUUACCUUGUUUGGUAUUUGUCAUACUACUGCACACCACUCAUAUUACAUGUAUUGAUCUUGCAUCACACGACUAGUCAAGUUGUAUUUGCACAAGCAUACAGAUAGAAGACGUUUUUUGCUUGCCAUGGUUUGGAUUCUUGCCAUGUGUGGUUGUGUUGUAUUCAGUCUAGUGAAAAAAUUGGUUCUUCAUUCCCUGAUUUAUCAUCUCAUGUUGCUAAUUGAGUGAAUGGGUUUAGAAAUAUGAUUAAUUUUAUAGUCUGAUGAAUAAUCGAUAGUGUAAGCAGCUCGUGAUGGAAAUGUGAACGAAUAUUUUAUGCAUGGAAGUUCUUGUAACAAAUGGUGAGAUUUUGUUGCCGUAAGAUGCUAGAUGGCGCCACCAGUCAAGCGCGGUUAUGCAUGGUCAGAGCACGUAUCAAACUCCACGACAGAUGGCGCUCUCGCUCUGGCUCAAUUCUACUGAGUAUUAUCCUGGGUGUGGGAAGGGGCACUGCAUGCAGUUUGAGCACGUAUAUGAUAUCAAUGCUGAUAUACAGUACGUGCUUUGACAUGAUGUCAAGUGUGUAUUAACGUUUGAUUAGAGAAAUCGAUUACUUAGUACUGAUGUUUUUUUCUCACAUGUAGUGCAGUACCAGAGUUGAGCAAUAUCCAUUGUGGUAUCGUGGUAAACGCGUAAUAUAUGAGUGUACUUAAUUACUGUAUACAGUUCAUAUCAUUUUGAGAUAAGCUAUGUAUAGCGAUAUGCGUCAACCCAGUUUCCCCCAAGUGCUAUUCUCAUUUUAGCUUUUGUUUUGAAGCGAGAGCGGGAGAAAGAGCGCGAAGGAGAAAGAGAGAGAAUGGGAGGAGGUUCAGACGAGAAUCUUGACUAAGUUAUCCUGUCCCAUUCGAUUAGCUUGGGCAGAUAUUGUGAUCGUAAUUCAUUUCUGUGCCCCUUUAUCAACUGCAAGUGAAUACAAAACAUAUUUUCUUCAACUCGGCA